AAACUUGUUCACUUGAUCGGAGGAUAUCAGAAACGUUCACCCUGUUCAUCGACGAGUGUAACCGUGAUGUGAUCUUUCUUCUCAUCGCAUGAUCGUUCGACUUCAUGUUGGUUCCUACUGGUUGUUUUCGUGUCGGAUUGAUUCCGAGGAAAAACGUGAGAGAAAAGUAACUUGUCACGCCGACGAACAUAAAAGAACUUAUAGAAAAAUGACGGGUGCAAGUAGCGCGGGCAGCGUGACCGGCGGUCUGUUACCAAGAUGGCAACUUGCCCUAGCCGUUGGUGCCCCGGUUGCUCUGGGUCUCGGCUAUAUGUAUUAUAGGAACAGUAACAAGCCCUCGUCCAAAUCGAACCGACGUAAACCGAGAGGCAGCUCGCAGAAAAAUGGCACGCCAGCCACCGACAAACAAAUCUCGAUUGACGCCGACUAUCCACCGAAAAGUACCAACGAGGCACCUGAGACACCAUUAGAAAGAGCUCGGAGAUUUAAGGUAGAAGGAAAUCAUUACUUUAAGAUAGGAAAAUAUGAUGAGGCAAUUGUCCAAUACAAUAAUGCAAUUCAAACAUGUCCAAAUGAGAAUACCGAAGAUCUUGCUACAUUUUACCAGAACAGGGCAGCAGCGUAUGAUCAACUGAAAAAAUACACUGCUGUAAAAGCAGAUUGUACAAAGGCCUUGGAAUUGAAACCAAGAUAUACAAAAGCCUUAUUCCGUAGAGCAAGGGUAAUGGAACGCUACAAUGAUUUAGAAGCAGCUCUAGAAGAUGUCACAGCUACCUGUAUCUUAGAAAAUUUUUCCAAUCAAAUGACAUUGGACAUGGCAAACAGGGUUUUAAAACAAUUAGGUAAACAACAUGUUAUGGAGCAUAUGGCAAACAAAAAAUAUGUUAUGCCUAGCAAACGGAUAAUACAAAAUUAUAUGAACUAUUAUCAUAGUGAUCCUGUUUUUACAUUGCUCAAAAAUAGUGACAAUAGUGAUUUAUCACUGGGUUUUGCAAAGAUUUUGGAACAUAUGAAAAAUGAGCAAUAUGAUGAUAUAAUACCACUAUGUACUGAAGCACUCGAAAAUAGUGAAUCAGAUAUAUUACCACACAAAACAGAAGUGUUACUUUUAAGGGCCACAUUUUAUCUGUUGCUAUUACGAUUCGAAAGCGCCAGAGAAGAUUUUGUUGCUAUUAUAGAAGACGAGAACGUUCCAAAAAAUAUAAAAGUGAAUGCCUUAGUAAAACGAGCUACUUUGUACAUGCAUUUAGAAGAUCUAGACAAAUGUUUUGAGGAUUUUGAAUCAGCCAUAAAACUUGAUCCUGACUAUGGUGAUAUUUAUUUGCAUAAAGCACAGGCAAAUUUAAUUAUGGAAAAUAUAGUUGAAGCUAAAGAAGACUACGAGAAAGUUGUGGGGCUCUAUCCCGAUUUUCCAAUAGCAUUUGUGCAUAAAUGUAUUGUGGACUAUCACUACGGUAUACUUACCAGAGAUGGAGAAAUGUCAGAAGAAGCCUUAAAAACUUUCGAGAUUGCUAUCGAAAAAUUCCCAGAUUUUGCCGAAUGUUAUUUCUUAUACGCUCAGUUAUUGUCAGAAAUGCAAAACUAUCAAAAAGCAGAUUUAUAUUUAGAUAAAGCACUCGAGAAAGAUCCAGACAAUGCUUCAGCGUAUGUACGAAAAGGUUUGUUACAAUUAAAGUGGAAUGGAGAUGUUAGUAAGGCCAUUGAAUAUAUUAAACAAGCAUUGGAAUUAGAUAAUAAAUGUGAACUUGCGUAUGAGACUCUAGCAACGAUUGAAGCUCAAAGAGGAAAUCUGGAAACAUCACUCAAAUUAAUCGAUGAAGCUGUGGAACUGGCUCGUACAACCAAAGAGCUCACAAACAUUUUCAAUCUACGAGAUUCCGUGAAAACGCAACUCGCGCUAAAAGAUAAACUAGGCUUAGAUCUAAUAAUGAAUACACUGUUAAACGUUUCAUAAGCUUUCACAGUGUCGUUAGUAUUGAAUCUGAAAACUCUAAAUAAGUGAAAAUAUACAUGGUGACCAGACCUAAAGAUUAAAACUUUACCAUGUAUGAUAAGAGCCACAAAUGUAAUUUUAUGAAAAAUUGGAAAGACAUGUUGUAAUGUUAUAGAAAUUGUUCUCACAGUUACAGACAUACGAGUAUGUAUUUAUCGCUUAAUUGAUACAUCAUAUUACCUCUUCUGGAGGAGGCAAUUGUGGCACACAUUACCGACUGAUUAUUGCCGUUAAUCAAGCAUUUCAAUAAUUUCCGUAGGUAAAUUCGUUUCAAUCCAAUUCCAAAAUAUUCCAUUUUACGUAAUCUUUUUUGUUAUUGCUCGCAAAUAUCACAAUUGUAAAAUUUCUGUGUACAUUAUCCGUUAUUUGUCUGUGUUGUGAACUCACGUGUUAAAUACAUUUAAAUAAUAUAAGUAUGCUUACAAUUCUUUGCAAUAUUUAGGAACGUAUGCACAUUAUGUAAGUUUUAUGCGUAUAUAACGCUAAUACCAAGAGAAAGAGUUUUUAAAACAACUUCAGUAAUUUACUUAUAAUUUGUAAUAGUUUAUUGAUAAUUGUAACUGUGAGUCUGAUAUUGUAUUUUAUAAAACUAUGUAAAGUUCA